AUGAGCAAUUUCUUGGAACCUAAGGGUGAAGAGAUUGCACACCCCGUUCAGAAGGAGGAAGCCACAUGGACCCUCAGCCGGCAUCAUCUCUGUCUGACUUUCCUGCUGGUCUGUGCUCUCGUGGGAAUCUCCUUCCUCCACGUCUCCCAAGGCGUCUUCCACAACGGCCUGGACGUGUCUUUCCUGUUUGCAGAGCGACACUCGUCCCCUGUGGCCACCUGCUGCCUGUCAGGCACUCCGAUGACUCUCAACACCUCCUCUUCCUGUCUCAAGCACCCCACCUCCCUCUCAGGAACCUGGACUAUCUCCCCAGCUGGCCGCUUUGGUAAUCGGAUGGGGCGGUAUGCCACUCUGCCGGCCCGGGCCCAGCUAGUGCCCGCCGUGCAUGCUGCCCUGGCCCCCGUGUUCCGCAUCAGCCUGCCAGCGCCGGUGCCAGAGGUGGACAGCCACACGCCUUGGCGGAACUUGCAGCUGCAUGACUGGAUGUCGGAGGAGUACGCCCACGUGAAGGAUCCUUCGCUGAAGCUCACUGGCUUCCCUUGCUCCUGGACCUUCUUCCACCACCUCCGGGAACAGCUCCGCAGCGAGUCCACCUUGCACGACCACCUUCGGGAAAAGGCCCAAGGUUUCCUGAGACAGCUCCGGCUGCGGGGCACUGGGGGUCUCCCGAGCACCCUGGGCGUCCAUGUGCGCCAUGGCGACUAUCUGGAGGUCAUGCCCCGACGCUGGAAGGGUGUGGUGGGCCAUCGCGCCUACCUCCAGCAGGCCAUGGACUGGUUCCGGGCCCGGCACCAGGCCCCCAUCUUUGUGGUCACCAGCAAUGGCAUGGAGGCCUCACCGGGGAAGGACUUCGCAUUGCUCACACAGUGUAACCACACCAUCGUGACCAUUGGCACCUUCGGCUUCUGGGCCGCCUACCUGGCUGGUGGAGACGCUGUCUACCUGGCCAACUUCCCCCUGCCUACCUCCAGCUUCCUCGAGAUCUUCAAGCCCCAGGCCGCCUUCCUGCCCGAGUGGGUGGGCAUUGACGCAGACCUGUCUCGGCUCCAGAACUUGCCGAGGAGUCUUCCUGGAACAGCUCGAGGGAUCUCGGGCCAGAAGCACGCGUCUCCAGAGGCCUAG